AUGUCUGCCCAAGGACUACCAGCACAUAUUCUGGCACUCUUCACUCCCAGGCCGCCACCGCAGCACUUACCCCCCUGCGUGCUGAAGCCGGGCGUGUCGAUCUCGGGUUGCGCCGAGUAUGUGGAAUUCUUCUCCUCUGAUCCGCCGCCGGUCCGAGAGCCUUGGGAGUCUCCCCUGGAGCGGAAGGCUCGAAGACACCGGGAGAAGGUGCAGGCACACAAGUCGGCGCAGAAGAAGUUCAUCGACUCCUACGACCCUCACAAGGAUCCCAAUGCCAGUGGAGAUCCCUUCAAGACCCUCUUCGUCGGCCGAAUCAGUUACGACACCACGGAGAAGAAGCUGAAGCGCGAGUUCGAGGUCUUUGGAAGCAUCAAGAAGGUGCGCAUGGUCUAUGACCAGAAGGGGAAGCCCAGAGGUUAUGCUUUCAUCGAGUUUGACCAUGAACGGGACCUGAAGAAUUCCUACAAGCAGGGCGAUGGAAAGAAGAUCGAUGGCCGACGCGUCAUGGUGGACGUGGAGCGGGGCCGUACCGUCGAGGGCUGGUUGCCACGCCGCCUGGGCGGCGGCCGCGGACCGGGGCGACAAGGCAAGCCUGCCAAGAAGAAGCAGAGGAGGCUUGCAGAGACGACCGAGAAGCUGAAGGAAAAAGAGAAGGAGGAGAAAGACAAGAAGAAAGACAAAGACAAGGACCGCGAAAAGGACAAGGAGGAGGACGACAAGAAGGAGAAGAAAGCCAAGGAAAAGGAGCGAGAAAAGGAGAAGGAUAAGGAGAGGGAGAAGGACAAGGAGAGGGAGAAGGACAAGGACAAGGAGAGGGAGAAGGACAAGGAUAGAGACAAGGACAAAAAGAAGGAGAAAGAGAAGGAGCGCAAGCGCGAACGCUCCCGAAGCCGAGACCGGAGGAAGUGAGGCCGCCGAACGCUCCGGCCGUCCGCCGUUGGCCUGCUCCCUUCAAGACAUCACAUGAACACAGAAGCUCCAUCGCUCCAACGAUGCUUCAGGCGCCACUGACUUCUUCGUGGCCAGUUGUGGGAGUGCCACCCGAUCGCUGGCGUCCGAGGCUAUAAAAAAAGGGGCGAAUCGGACGGAAAGAAGGGGGAAGUGUGAAUUGGAAUUGCUUUACAGUGUGACUUCGGGAAGUUGAGG